CGGGGCGGGCGUGAGGAGGGGAAUGUCAUUGCCGCUCGGAGCCGCCGCUCCUCUGGCGCCCUCGUCCCGUCGGCUCUCGCCGCCGCCGCCUCCUCAGCCGCACGGGGGACACGGAUGGCUAGUGGGGCGCAGGGGCCUUCUGGGUUGAGACCGCGGCGGUCGCGGCCGCUGCCGAGGCAGAGACUCCGGAUCGCCGCCGCCGCCGCCUCCUCCACCCCCAGUGUCCCGGCCUCGCGGUGUUGAGGGCGGGAGCGCGCCCAGCUCUCCCUCCGCCUCCGCCUCCUCCUCCUCGUUGUCGUCGCCGUCGCCCUCCUCCUCCUCCUCCUCCUCUGGGUCUCCGCCCAGCACCCCUCGCUCCAGGCGGCGGCGGUGGCCGCGGAGGACGAGCGAGACCCGCCGCCGGGGCACAACAUGGCGGAGCCCUCGGCCCCGGAGAGCAAGCACAAGUCGUCCCUCAACUCGUCCCCGUGGAGCGGCCUCAUGGCUCUGGGGAACAGCCGCCACGGGCACCACGGGAAGCAGACUGUGCCAGUGCCAGAGUGGCACAUAAGGUUUAACUAUAGAUCAACACAUCACCUUGCAUCUCAUGGGUUUUAUGAAUUUUUAAAUUGGUUUGAUGAAAGAGCAUGGUAUCCACUAGGAAGAAUAGUAGGUGGCACUGUUUACCCAGGGUUGAUGAUAACAGCUGGCCUUAUUCAUUGGAUUUUAAAUACAUUGAACAUAACAGUUCACAUAAGAGAUGUGUGUGUAUUCCUUGCACCAACUUUUAGCGGCCUUACAUCUAUAUCUACGUUCCUGCUAACUAGAGAACUUUGGAACCAAGGAGCAGGACUUUUAGCUGCUUGUUUUAUUGCAAUUGUACCAGGGUACAUAUCUCGAUCAGUGGCAGGAUCCUUUGAUAAUGAAGGCAUUGCAAUUUUUGCGCUUCAGUUCACUUACUACUUAUGGGUAAAGUCUGUGAAAACUGGGUCUGUGUUUUGGACGAUGUGCUGCUGCCUGUCGUAUUUCUACAUGGUCUCUGCGUGGGGAGGUUAUGUGUUUAUCAUCAACCUUAUCCCUCUCCAUGUGUUUGUGCUGCUGCUAAUGCAGAGGUACAGCAAGAGAGUCUACAUAGCAUAUAGCACUUUCUACAUUGUGGGUUUAAUAUUAUCCAUGCAGAUACCUUUUGUGGGAUUUCAACCAAUCAGAACAAGCGAGCACAUGGCAGCUGCAGGUGUCUUUGCAUUGCUGCAAGCUUACGCUUUUUUGCAGUAUCUGAGAGACCGGUUGACAAAGCAGGAGUUCCAGACCCUUUUCUUUUUGGGAGUCUCACUAGCUGCAGGUGCUGUGUUCCUUAGUGUCAUCUAUCUGACAUACACAGGUUACAUUGCACCAUGGAGUGGCAGGUUUUAUUCAUUAUGGGAUACUGGGUAUGCAAAAAUACACAUUCCAAUUAUUGCAUCAGUGUCUGAGCAUCAGCCUACGACUUGGGUGUCUUUCUUCUUUGAUCUACAUAUUCUUGUAUGUACCUUCCCAGCAGGCCUAUGGUUCUGCAUCAAAAAUAUCAACGAUGAAAGAGUGUUUGUUGCUCUGUAUGCAAUCAGUGCUGUCUACUUUGCUGGAGUGAUGGUGCGGCUGAUGCUGACUCUGACCCCAGUUGUCUGCAUGCUGUCUGCAAUUGCCUUCUCCAAUGUUUUUGAGCACUAUUUGGGGGAUGACAUGAAAAGGGAAAAUCCCCCUGUGGAGGACAGCAGUGAUGAGGAUGACAAGAGAAACCCAGGAAACUUGUAUGAUAAGGCAGGUAAAGUAAGAAAACAUGUAACAGAGCAAGAGAAAACUGAAGAAGGCUUAGGCCCCAACAUCAAAAGCAUUGUGACCAUGCUCAUGCUUAUGCUCCUGAUGAUGUUUGCCGUCCAUUGCACAUGGGUCACUAGCAAUGCCUAUUCCAGUCCAAGUGUGGUCCUUGCUUCCUACAAUCAUGAUGGCACCAGAAAUAUCUUAGAUGAUUUUAGAGAAGCAUACUUUUGGCUAAGACAAAAUACAGAUGAACAUGCCCGGGUCAUGUCCUGGUGGGACUAUGGCUAUCAGAUCGCUGGGAUGGCCAACAGGACUACUCUGGUGGAUAACAACACCUGGAAUAACAGUCACAUAGCACUGGUAGGAAAAGCUAUGUCUUCUAAUGAAACAGCCGCCUAUAAAAUCAUGAGAUCUCUGGAUGUUGAUUAUGUAUUGGUUAUUUUUGGAGGAGUUAUUGGCUAUUCUGGUGAUGAUAUCAACAAGUUCCUCUGGAUGGUUAGGAUAGCUGAAGGGGAGCAUCCAAAAGACAUUCGGGAAGGAGAUUACUUCACACAGCAGGGAGAAUUCCGUGUAGACAAAGCUGGAUCUCCUACUCUGUUAAAUUGCCUUAUGUAUAAAAUGUCAUACUACAGAUUUGGAGAAAUGCAGCUAGAUUUUCGCACACCCCCAGGUUUUGACCGAACCCGUAAUGCCGAGAUUGGAAAUAAAGACAUUAAAUUCAAGCAUUUGGAGGAAGCCUUUACAUCAGAGCACUGGCUUGUCAGGAUAUAUAAAGUGAAAGCACCCGACAACAGGGAAACACUAGGUCACAAGCCUCGAGUCACCAACAUCUUCCCCAAACAGAAGUAUUUGUCAAAGAAGACUACGAAAAGGAAGCGUGGCUACAUUAAAAAUAAGCUAGUUUUUAAGAAAGGCAAGAAAAUCUCUAAGAAGACUGUUUAAACACACUGUUCUGGCCUGACUUGCAGCAGUUGUCCUUGUGAGCACCGGUCUUUGCCUUCAGCUCAUGUCCUGUUUCACAGCACGAAGGGUACAGAACCAUCGCUGGGCCAGGUCAAUGUACAAAAUUUUCUGGCAAUGCCUCAUUUAAAAAUUAAAUUGGUUUAUUGAGAACAACUGUUUUCGAUUUGUAAUGUGAAGCAAGACAGAGCCAUGCUGUGAGCAUCUGGCAGAAGAUUUUUUUUAUUAUUAUUAUUGGUACAUAUUACCCUUCAAAUCUGAGAAUUUGGACUAAUUGCACCAAAGAACCCUCUAAUUUGGUCCCUGGCACAUGCGUACUUGUCAAUUUUAUUUUUUCCUUUUACGAGAUCUACCUUUUGUUUGAAUUACCCAAAUAGCAAUAUGUAAGACACACAUGACAGAUGUAACAAGAGUGUCUUGACCAGUAAACAAACUAGCCCCGGUCUGAGAAAGAAGUGUUAAGAGGAGAGUACUUCCGUAAACUCUAUUUAUUUUCCUGUUUCUCUGGUGUGAAGAAUGUUUCAUCAAAUGUCCACUGUGUCGCUCAGUGCCGCUGUGAGCAGCUGCUAGCGGUGGGCCUCUGUGUAGUUAGCUGACUAGAUAGGUAUUUGUGUUCAGGCAUCCGCACUGCGGUUAGCAAGUGUUUUCACCAGGUACUUACAGAGCAGAUUUCAUGCAUUGUUCAUUUAAGGGCUAAAUUUAUAUCCUUUGGGAAUCAUGGCAAGCACACACAGAAUGUGGCUGGCUGGGAUGGCUUUGUUACCUUAGUACUGGGGUUGGCACCAUGUUUACGUGCAGAUGAUUAAGGGGAAAGCCCUUACAUGGACAGGUAUCCAAAGUUCAUUUCUGUGACUUAAAUGACAAAGGAUUUGUAAACUUUGCCUGGAUUUUCCUCAUUUUAUACCAGUUUUGUUCAUCACAAUGAUUUCUGUUCACUGCUCCAUGUUUUUUAAUACCUGAAGCAUUUGAUGAAACACUCUUUAGUGCUAUCUAGGCAUUUUCUUACUUUUAUUACAAAUGUGACAUUUGUCAAAAGAUGCACUAAAAUAUGAAUGGAGAUUGACCAUGUUCAUUUUCCAGCUUAUAGGCAACUUUAUACAGACUUGAAAACUUUACCCAGUUGUUUAGUGAAGUGAGAGCGAAAGGUUUCCUGCCACAGGAGAACUUUUUAUACAACAUGCCACUGCUUUUGGUGGGAAAGUGCAGAAUAGAUGAACCUUUUAUGAAGAAACCGUAAUUUACAAUGUUCCGUGAGAAUGUUACUGCUGAUUUCCUUUUUCAAAGUGUAGAAUAUUGUUUGAUUUAUAGAAUUCAUUUUUGACCCGGAUGAUGGUUCUUUUACAGACCAAUAAAAAAAGGGUGAACAUUUUCACAAAUAAAGUGUAACUAAAUCUGGAUUUCUGAUACCUUGUCAUUUGGGGGAUUUUAUCUUACUUUGUUGCUUUACAAUUCAAUGCAGAGAAGUUAUUGACCAUAAGGGAAAUAAAGUUAAUUCAGAUUUUAUGUUAA